AUGCAAGCGGGGGCCGCCGCCUAUAUAAGGCUCCGCGCGGCGCCUGCUCGGCACCUCCCUUCCCGAGCCCGGCUGUGCCUUUUCCAUCUACAGUGGCGCCAGCACUGCGGAGCCCGAGCCUCGGUAAGGGGGACCGCGGGCCGCGGGGGAGGGCUGCCGAGGGCCGGAUCAGAUCCCCCCCCCGCUUGUCCCCCCCCCCGCAUCCCCGGGCGCUUUUGCAAAGCCGCGUCCAUUGCAUUUGCAAAAAGCGCUUUGCAAAAACCAGAGACGACUGGAUCUCGGUAGUUCUGCAAUGGAAAUGGGGGGGGGUGGAGAGAGAGAGAGAAUGGUUGGGGAGAAGACUUCAGAUGGGGGUGUGUGAAUGCCCCCCCCCAGCAAAUAAAUAAAGCAGGCCGGGGGUAUUGCAUUCCCCCCCCCUUGUUUGCAAACUCAUUGCAUGGCGCGCGCAGCUGAAUCUGUCUUGUGUGUGUUUUGAAGGGGGGAGGGGUUUUGCAGUGGGAAAGGAAGGGGGAGGGGCUGGGGAGGCAGCCCUUCACCCCCCCCAAUAUCCCCCUUUCUCUCUUUUUUUACCGUGUUUUGGUGGCCCCCCCUUAUUUUUGCAAAUGGGGGUGUGUGUGAAAAUCUUAACGUUUUUCCUUUUUGCAAACCUGGUAGCAUUGAAAAGGGCCGGAUUGUGUUGUUGUUGUUGUGUUGCAAUCCUGGGGAGGUGUGUUUGCGGGGGGGGGGAGGUAAGCUUUGCGGGGGCGUAUCCGUUUCACGCCCCCCCCCAAUAGUGAGCGAUUCUUUUUCUCCUCCCCCCUUUUACCGUCUUCCUGAAUGCAAUAAUAGAAAAUGAACUCAACGCGAAUGAUCACGCCCCCUCCCUUGCUAUCCAGGAUGUAGGGUUUUUUUCUUGGGGGGGGUGACUUAGGAAAUAGUCCACCCCUCCUGGAAAAAGGGGUGUGUAUUUUUGCUGUCACCCCCCCUCCAAUUGCAGAUUUUCAGAAUAAAGUCCAGAGAGCGUUGGGUUUAUUAUUUUACUGCAAAUCUGCGAGUUUCCUUCUCUUAAAGUCUAUUCUAUCUGCCCCACAAGAUCGGCUGCAAAAUAUUAUAUAUGGUUUUUGUGGGUCGACGGGAUGGGGGAGGAAAUAUUAAAAUUUUGUGUUGCUAGGGGGGGAUAUAACAUUCCUCUCCUACCAGUUCUCAGCUGCAUCUAACUGCAACCACUGUUUAGAUCUAUGGGCAUGACCACUGAUUUCAGUGGGUCUACUUGUGAGUAGGGCUUGAGUUGGCUGCAUAAUCCCUGCUUUCCAAAAGCCGUGUGUGUGUGUGUGUGUGUGUGUGUGUGUGUGUGUGGUGCCCACCCCCUUUGUACACACCCCCUUUUCCCUUCCUUCCCCGGGGCCUGUACUUCCAACAUCUGCCUUCGCUCCAAGAAUUUUGUUCCCCCCCUUCCUUUGGAAAAAAAAAUAAAAUAAAGCAAAACCUCUUUCAAAUAAUAAACAAGGAAUGUUCUUCCUAAGCUUUGCAUUGCAUCACAAAGGGACGAAAAUCUGGUGCAACACAGAAAGAGAGAGAGAGAGGGAGAUGGAGAUAUUUUUGUAAUAAAAGCCUGGUGUCGAAGAGGUUGGGAACUGAAUCUUAAAUGCACAAACUAUUAUUACUGUGAUUAUGACGAUGAUUAUGAUUAUUAAAUACGAGGAUUCCUGUGCAAAAGGGCCUCUGUUGUCAGAGAAAAAUACUUGCUCCCCCCCCCGAAACCCCCACUUCUUUGUGUGUUUGUUUGCAAAAUCUCCGCUUGCAAUUUUCUAUAUUUCGGGAUGCACUCUGUUCCUGUGUUGUGUUGUGUUGUGUUGUGUUGUGUGUCAUUUGCAAACCCUCGUUCUCAUUUCUCUAUCCUUUUUUCCAGGAGUCUGGUGCUUUGCUUUUAAAUUUCCUUUGUCAAAAAUGAGAUCCCCACCCCCCCCAAAAAACCCCAACAGCUAUUUUAUUGUUAUGCACCCAGUGGCUGAAUCUUGAACUUUUUUAAAAAUUAAAAUAAAACCUUUCUCCUCUUUUCUCCCCUUUUACAGGGUCUCCAUCGGCAGACCCGGACUAGCUUCACCCCAGUUUUUUUUCCUUCUCCGCCCCCCUUUCCUUUUCUUUACUCCCCCCUCUUCAUUUACAUCUUCAAAACCUCCAAAAUGGUGCAGAAAAAAACAGAACUCAAAGGUUUCCACCGUUCCUUCAAGGUAAGAUAGAUUAAAACUAUUAUUAUUUAACGGAAGUCGUGUUGCGGAGUUAAUGUGUCUGGGGUUUUUAAAUGCCUUCUGAAAGUUGCUUCCGUUUUCUGUUUUUCCCUUUAAAAAAAAAGAGUUGUGUUUUUGCAAUGCAGUCCCAGGCAUAUAUAUGUAUAAAGAAGCCCCAUUGAAUUCAAUAGGGCUUACUCCCAGGUAAGUGGGCCUAGGCUUGCAAUGCCUUUGUUGCUCAUUGGUAAAAAAAAUUGUGGAGAGUCUUAUGUUGGGAAUCAAAAUAUGUGCUGUGAAACCGUUUGCACUGAAACUUUUGCAGCAAGUAUAUCCAUUAUAAAAAGGCUUAAAUUUUUUUUUAAGGUGCAUGCAAGCUUCUGAGCUACACAGGACUCCUAGUCAGAAGAGCUGACUCGGGAUCCUGUGUGGCACAGGUGGUCUUCCUCAGAGUAGUGGAAAAUACUUCCUUAGUAGGCCUAACCCCAAAACUUUUGCUGCUGCAGAUACAAUAGUAGCAUAUAAUUAUAAUAUAAUGUAAUAAUAAUCCUACACACUGCUACGUAGAGAUGCUGAGGAUUGGACCACCUUCACCCUGCCCUCCGCCCCACCAAAAAGCGAGUUUUUGACCUUGUCCUUCAAAUUAUAGAGGACCAUCAGGACUUGACGGUCUCUGCCCUGAGGAGAUUACAAUCAAAGGGGGGAAAUCAGAAUGGGGACGUAGCAGGUGGUUGGAGCCAGAGAGGAAUAAUAAUACCUUUAUUGUCAACGUACAACCUGAAAUCAACCGACAUAAUAAUGAUUAAAAGGGAACCCGACAUAAUAACAAAUAAUAAUAAUAAUUAAUAAUGAUUUACGACACCUUGUUGUAGGGUUUGUCUUGGUGGGUGUGCCUGGUCAGAAGCAAUGCUUUAGCGUCAAGUUGUGUUGCAGUUUUGGGCGUCUGCAUGGAGCGCCGUACAUUUUUACUUUUCUGAGUUGUGUGCGAGAUUAAUUUCCUGCUGGGUCGGCCUCCUAGAGGAGAAGCCUUUGGCGCUUGCAGGCUCUUUUGAAAGAGAGAGCUGGGUGCUUGCAUUUAAUGAAGGCUUGCUUGCCGUUUCGCUGGCACCCUGACAUGCAGUGGUGCUGGGGUUUUUGUGUCUGUUUUGCUGAAUGAGCAAAAAGAGGGUUGUGUCAGUUCCUUUGGCCGGAACGUGUGUUUAGGGAGACGGCCAGGGCCCGACUUCCGUGUUGUGCAAGUGCGCCAGGGAAUCCUGUCCUUCCAAACAGGUUGCCUGAAAUGUUUGGGGAGUGAUGCAAGUCGUGUGUAGGCGCCGGCUCAACUUCCGUGAUUUAUGAGCCAACGGCAGUUCCCCAAAACCCUUUGGCAGGCUGGCUCGGUGGCGACGUGACCUCUCUGCGUCUCUCUGCUCUCCAUAGGCAGGUUUCUAGUCCUCAUGGAGGCAGUGAUAUCGCCUGCACGCUUUCUGCAAUUCCUGUUGAUCCUCAGAUGCUCUCUGCUAGUUGCAGCCAGGUUUCUAGUCCUCAUGGAGGCCCAGAGGUUGUUGCUACAGGGGUGUGCGUUUGUGUAGCAAUGGUUGCAUGUGUCCUGCCUCCUCUGAGUAGAACCUGGUUGGACGCCUCCCAGGUUGAAUAAAUGAGGCCAAAUUGGAUAAUGCCAUACAAGUGUUUUGUUUUUGUAAUUUGCACGAAAUGGGGUUAUGGCUGGUGUGAGUCAGGAUCCCGCAAUGUGGCUCCAAUUGUCUGAACUGCUGAGUGGCAGGUGACCUUUAGCUUGUGAGAUGACGGGUUCCUGCCACUCCACAAAGGUUCAACACGGGACCCUGCAUUGGUUAGAGACUGGUGCUGAUAUUGCCAAGGUUGUGGGUUCAGUCCCCGUCAGGGACAACUGCAGGGCUGCACUCAAUUUCAAGCAAAACACCCGGAAAACGCUCCCAAUAUUUUUGCCUUUCUUGAACAGACAAAAGGAGGGAGGAGUCCCGGGGCCAGACAGGUUUCCAUGCCUGUCUCUACUGUCUUGUACCCAUUUCACAGGCGGGAUAGCCGAGUCCCGGUCGGUUGUUUGGCCCGGCAGAUUAAUUCCUCCCUGCAGGGCUGCCAACCCUGCGCUCAGAGUCAUGGGGUUUGUCCCGUGAUGUGCCGCCUCCCUCCCUCCCUGUCUGGUUGCCGAGGGCUCUCCCUAAUUAUGGGAUGCCGGCGUCCUGGUUGGCAGAGGCUGGGAGCCACGCGGGAGGGCUGGUCCUCUGCGGCUCGGAGCCAGACCGGUUGGGCAGGUCGGAAGAGAAGCUGGGACUCCCUCUGGGGAAAAGAAUCGUAAGAGUUAGAAGCGGUUCCUGAGGGUCAUCCAGUCCAACCCCCUGCAAUGCAGGAAUCUUUUGCCCAAUGUGGAGCUUGAACCCGCAACCCUGGAGUUUCAUUGCAGUUCAGGCCUGGGCUGAAUUUGCCAGGAGAACAUUGGAAAGACUGCAGGAUGAGACGUGGCCUAGCACCAUCCUGUUCUCCCAGUGGCCAAAUUACCCCCAAGAACCUAGGGAUCCAGAUAGACUGCCGCUGGACAGGGAGGUUCCAUAGGAACAUAAGAAGAGCUUGGCUGCAGGAUCCGGCCAGUGACCCACCUAGCCCAGCUUCUGUUCUCACUGCGACUCACCGGAUGCCCCCAUGGAUCUGAGCAAAAGAGCAACUCUCCCCUCCUGCAGAACCGUCUCCUUUUGGAGGUUGUGGCCUCUCCUUCCUUGGAGGUCUUCAAACCAAGGUUAGGUGGCCAUCUGUCCUGGGUGCUUGAGCUGAGAUCCCUGCAUUGCAGCGGGUUGGGCUGGAUGACCUUGAGGGGUCCCCUUCCAACUCGCCGAUUCCAUGCUUUCCAGCAACUGGUCUUCAGAAGCAUUUCUAGCCUUCCUUACUAGUAGCCUUGUCUGCCGUGAAGUUGCCUCAUCCUGUUUUUUUAACCCUUCUGGGUUGGUGGGCAUGACUGUCUCCUGCAGCAAGGAGUUCCAUAGUUUUAACGGUGCACAAGAAGGAUUUUCCUCUGUCCGUCCCGGAUCUUCCGACCGUCUAACUUUGUUGGGACAUCCGCAAGCGUCUGUGAGAGAGGGAGAAAAGCUUUUCACUCUUUUUCCAUGGUGGACGUAAUCCUGCAAACGUAUGCUUGCUUCCCUCUUCUCCAAAUUAAAAGGCCCAAAGGUUGCACGAUUUUUUGCAGCUGGAAUAAUCCUGCAAACAUUGCAGACGAGUAGCCGUGUGGGACAACACAGCCAUGGGAGGUCCUCUGGUUCUCCAUUCAUCAUGGUUGGGCUCCAGCUCCCAGUCGCCACCAUAGCCCAAUGGUCAGGGAUGAUGGGAUUUGUAGUUCUGCAAAGAGGCCUGCCUUCUUCAGUCCUUUGCAGGUUUCAGAGUCGGGAGAGUUGAGUUUGUGGCUCAAUGGGGAUUCGAACCCAGCUCUUGCCUGCUCCAGCUGUGAGAUGCCGGUUUUGAAACGGUGCUCAGACUUCCAGAGUGAAUCUGUGUGGCGUCAAGGUCGGGCACCGAGGAGUCUGCGACUCCAAACCCUCACUGGCUGAUCUCUGGAAUAUCUCUCGCUCAACUUCAGCCUGCUUCGCAAGGUUGUUAAGAUAAAACGGGAAGCUUCCUUGCUGGUCCAUGUAGCUCAGUAUUAACGGCAACCAACUGGCAGCCCCUAUCCGGGGCCUCCUAGUCAGAGAUGUUGAGGAUCAAACCUAGGCUUUCUGCGUGCAAAUCUUCCCUGCAUCGCAGCGGGUUGGAAUAGAUGACCCCCUGGUGUCCCUCAAAAAUCUACGCUUCUAUGAUAACUAUGGGGUGAGAGAAGGAACCUUUUUGUGGGGUCCAUCGGCCGCCUCCAUCCAUGCCUCCAAAUCUCCUAUGUUCUUAACCCCAUCCCCUGCCCUACAGCCAACCUCAUGGGGUUUUCCGCCUGCAGAUAACAGCUGCUCUUAGAAAUAAUCUUAUUUUCGUUUCCCUCUCCAGCGCAUGCUGAGAUCCCGUACUCCAUUCCUCCUUAUGUAAUGCAAAAUCUUUUCUUUGCAACUUAGAAUGUGGGUGUGUGCCUCAAACGCCCAAUUUUGCACGGGGCUCGACAUGCCCCCCCCCCGGUUGCGUUUCCUGCCAGUAUUUUUCCAAGAGAUUUCUUGCAAGACGCCUUUCGGGUUGGCGAUGGUCGAAGCCUCCCGGCCGCCCUGUGACUUUGCUGCCUAAUCUCAAAUUAAUGCCCUUGCGCUUAUUUUUAAACAUGCCGACACACACACACACACACACACACACACACAGCCUGCACAAUAGAUUCCCUUGCAUUUAUUGCUUGUCGUGAAAAGCCUGGGUCCUUAAGUCGAUUGCUGCGCAACUCUCCAGUUUUAAAAGAGAGCAAUGAAGGGACUGUGCGUGCACAGAAUGAAGGGUUUGUGUGCGCGCACAAGUGUGUUUCACGGGGUGAAAGAAGGAGGCCGCCGAAUGGAGGCGUGACAGUUCCUGCAGUUCCCCCCCUUUUUGCACUCCGCGUUUUGCAAAACCCGCUUGCGGCCGGGUGAUGUAACUUCUCCGCGGCUGGGAGGCCCCAUGGAGGGAUAUUUGGCGCAGCGCGGGAUGGGUUAUGUAAGCGCAUCUUGGGCUCCGCAGUCUGUGCGUUUGGUGCGCAAAGGCACAAGGGAGUCUCAUACAGGGAAUUCGCAGACCCGGGUUUUGCAAAAUCCAAAGUGGCAGGAGCAGAGAGGUUGAAAGGGGUCUGUGGGUUUUCCUGUUGUUUUUUCGCAUUUUUUGAGGGAUGGGUGGAAAUUAAGCAGGCACAAAGGGGAUCGGGGGUUGGCGCAAGCAGAGCGGAAAAUAAUAAGUAAUAAUAAUGAUAAUAAUUUAUACUUCCCCACUCCAGUCUGGCUGGGUUUCCCCAGCCACACUGGGCGGCUCCUGACACAUAGAAAAACACAAUAAAAUGUCAAACAUUAAUAGCCGCAAUCUUUUUUUUAAAAAAUGUUUUUAUUAACAAUUACAACAUAUCAAAACAUAUCAUAUUCAUUAUUUUCUCCCCUUUUCCCCCCACCCCCCCUCAAACUCUCCCUCCCCUCCCCCAGAGAUUUCUCAGCAAAUAUUAUUCUCUACAUCUUGCAAAAUUAUACAAUCCUUACAUUAUCUGUCUGCCAUGUUAUCAAUCAAUAAAUUUGUGUAUGUUUAUUCAACCUGCCAAGGAGUCCGUCCAACUCAUUUUGUUUGUUUUUAAGUAAUUUGUAAAAAGUUCCCAUUCUUCUUUAAAGUCACAGUUGUCCUUAUCGCGCAGUUUGUAUGUCAGUUUAGCCAAUUCUGCGUAGUUCAUCAAUUUCUCUUGCCGCUGUUCUUUAUUAAUAGCCGCAAUCUAAUACUAAAAAGUCACAAUGUGCCCAGCCUCGUGCAUUGAGAAUGGAUUAAAGGGGUGUGGGAGAAGGCUGGCUUUCAAAAGAGGGUUUGGAGGUGAAGGCUGCGGAUAGAAUCAUAGAAUCGUGAGCUGGAAGGGAACCCCAGGGGUCAUCCAGCCCAACCCGCUGCAAUGCAGGAAUCUCAGCUAAAGCAUCCAUGACAGGUGACUUCAAAAACCUGCAAGGAAGCAGAAUCUGCAAUCUGCUGAACGACUCCUACUGUCAGAAAGUUCUUCCUGAGGUUGAGUUGGAAUCUCGUUUCUGGUCACUGGUUCGAGUCUUACCGUCCGGAGCAGGAGGAAACUAGCUUGUUCUCUGCUAAGGACCAAUGCAACAGAGGGGUGUGUUUGUGUUCAGAGAGCUUGAACAAAAUAUUUCUCUCUCUCCUGACGCGGGUGGCGCUGUGGGUUAAACCACAGAGCCUAGGACUUGCCGAUCAGAAGGUCGGCGGUUCGAAUCCCCGCGACGGCGUGAGCUCCUGUUGCUCGGUCCCAGCUCCUGCCAACCUAGCAGUUCGAAAGCACAUCAAAGUGCAAAUAAAUAGGUACCGCUCCAGCGGGAAGGUAAAUGGCAUUUCUGUGCGCUGCUCUGGUUCGCCAGAAGCGGCUUUGUCAUGCUGGCCACGUGACCCAGAAGCUGUCUGCGGACAAAUGCCAGCUCCCUCGGCCUAUAGAGUGAGAUGAGCGCACAACCCCAGAGUCGGUCACGACUGGACCUAAUGGUCAGGGGUACCUAUAUCUACUGUGGGAAGCGCCUGCCUCCUUCACCUGAGUAGAUUUCAUAAUAAUCGGGAGGACAGCCUGUCUAUCCAGGCUGCAGGUUCAAAAGGCACCGCUUGUGAUAAGGCUGCUGCUCCCUCCCUUUUUUUGGCCUGGAAUGAGAUGGGGGUGGAUUUGGUUUGCGGUCAGGGGGUGCUAAUAAUGGGGUUUACGAUGGGAGCGGGGAGCUUAAUCCUCGGAGGCUAGUUCCCCCCAGGGGGAAGAGUUGCUUGAGCGCGUGCAGAGAGCACUCAAGGAGCAGGCUUGGAAACUCAGAUAUGGAAGCCAGGCGCCAAAUCUUAAACUAGGGUUUCCUUUUGGGUAAAAGGAAUUCCAAGUUGCCUUGUUGGGGCCAGAGGACUCAGAAAAUGCGCCUGACUCGGAAUUUCAAACGCUGGUUUUGCUACUGGCGCUGGUCCGGUUGCGACAAUGUGAUAUUUGGGCGCCAUUUGGAAACCUCUGCUUUAAGAAUUUAAGAGAUUCUUAGAAGAGUGGAGUAAAUGCUUGAACUAUUUGAAAAGCAAUUGUAAUAAACAGAUUACGCUGGUAGGACUGCAAGAAGUUCUGUAAGGAGGAUUAUGUGAAAUACUGCAAAGAAGACUAUGAAGAGAAUUCUUAGUUAAUGAUGAUUAAAAGUAACAGAGAAAUUAAGAAAUGCAGAACAAGUGAUAAAGGGCGGGAAAUCUUCAGAGGUUGUUGAUGGAAGUCUAAAAUAUUGUAUAAGAUAAGAAUUUGUGUUAAAUGACAGUUGGAAAUGAUAUGUUAAAAAAUUAAUAAAAAUGUAUAUAAAAGAAAAGCUGUAGUCCACACUCAAUGCUGUUUCCAUUUCCACUGUGCAUGUUUCUCCGCCUUGCAUAUGGGGACAAGUGAAUUGUCGUAAGAGCAAGCUGCGGUCAAGCAAUGUAGCUGAGAUCGUUGAAUUGUUGCGUUGGAAGGGACCCCAGCGGUCAUCUAGUCCAACCCCCCCCGGCGAAUAGACAUUCUGUUGCGGUGACCACAACCUAGGUUUAAGGUGCCCAGCUUAGAUAGCUGAGUUUCAAACACGUGGGGGCCUCCUACAAAGAGAUGUUAAGGAUUGAGGGCUGACUAAAUGACUCUUGGGGUCCCUUCCAGCAGUUCCCUGAGCUGCUCCUCUUCUACCUUCAAGGUACUGAAUAUAGAAUGUGGACUUGAGGAACCUGGAUGAGAACUCUGUUGGUUAGAGCGUGGUGCUUGAUAAUAAUGCCAAGGUUGCAGGUUCGAUUGCCGUGCAGCGGGUCAGACUAGAUGAUCCUCAGGGUGCCUUCCAACUCUUAAUAGUCUACGAUUCUAUUCCUUAAUAUAAAUGCUGGGGGUGUAUUCAAAGUCCAUUUGCUACCCCCACACCACCCCUGUGGCGCAGCCCAGAAAGGAAUCUGCCACAUGCUUUUUCAUAAUAAUAAUAAUAAUAAUAAUAAUAAUAAUAAUAAUAAUAGAUUAAUUUAUACCCCGCCCAUCUGGCUGGGUUUCCCCUGCCACUCUGGGCAGCUUCCAACAGAAUAUUAAAAUACAAUAGUCUAUUAAACAUUAAAAGCUUCCCUAAACAGGGCUGCCUUCAGAUAUCUUCUAAAAGUCUGGUAGUUGUUGUUCUCUUUGAAAUCUGGUGGGAGGGAGUUCCACAGGGCUGGUGCCACCACCGAGAAGGCCCUCUGCCUGGUUCCUUGUAGCUUUGCUUCUCGCAGGGAGUGAACCGCCAGAAGGCCCUCAGUGCUGGACCUCAGUGUCUGGGCAGAACGAUGGGGGUGGAGAUGCUCCUUCCGAUAUAUAAAUGCGCAGCUCAGGUCCAGGAGAGGCUUAGUGCGCAUCUCAGGUCUAGCAGACGCCUCCUGUGUUUUCUGCUUCGGAGCACCUGGUGUCUCUGCAAGCUUCUCGCCUCGCCCUGCCCUGCUGUUCCCAAACAAGCUGUCUCCUCCCUGCUCAUUAUGGGCUGGAUCCCCAGCCACAGCCGGUGGGGCAGCGUUCCGGCCGGGUCUGGUUAGGCUACCCUGCGGUUCUCCUCCCCGUUGGCCUCCUUUUGCGGCCUCCACCAGUCACACCUGUCCACGGAGACUGUGUACUGGGGAAGAGUCAGGUUCCUGGUUUUGUUCUCCCUCGCCAGGCUGUCGCGCAGCAGGGAAGGAACCGGUUCGAGCGCUUUCAAGGGAGUCGGCUCCUGCAAAGCUGCAAUUGCAGGUUGCUAAGUUUCUAGUCCACAAGAAAAGUUCAAAUUACUUUUUAUUUUUUGAAUCGACCGGUUCCAUCCGGGUUGAACGACACACAGAAGCUGCCUCUGGAAAAGCAAAACUAGCCCCUAAGUGGCAAGGGGUUUUAAAAAAAUGUACAAAAUUUUGGUUGCCUACCUGCGCCCAUUAAAUAUCGUUGACCUAAAGGGAGCAGGCAAGAGAACAUCUCUGAAGGUUUUCUGCGCUUGGGUGGCUGGCCAGAAAAAGUUAUCAGCGAUGGCGGCUGCCGUUUAAGAAGCUGGCAGCUCAGGUCUAGCAGAGGCCAAAUGUGCCACUCAGGUCUAGCAAAUGCUUUUUACUGAAUAUGCACCUCAGGUCUAGGAGAGGCUAAGUGUGUAGCUCAGGUCUAGCAGACCCCUAGUAUCCCCCGGAAGCUUCUUACCAGCAUCCCCCCCUUUCAUUCUGGCUUGGAUGUGACUUUCUCUCCCUCUACUCCCAGGGCCAGAACCCGUUCGACAUCGAAUUCUCCCAGUCCACUCACCUGGAUUCUGUCUUCAACUUCGAAUGCCCCUCUCGGCCCGGUGAGCACCGCCGUUUUAAUUCCGUUUUGCUUUCCGAAAGGGGUCAGGAGGAAGAAAAGCAGUUCCUGAACUGGGAAUUGUCCUAGGUUUACACCUCUUGAGAUUCAGACAAUUUGAUGGAGGGUACCUCUAUUCUGGGUGGCGCUGUGGGUUAAACCACAGAGCCUAGGACUUGCCGAUCAGAAGGUCGGCGGUUCGAAUCCCCGCGACGGGGUGAGCCCCCGUUGCUUUGUUCCAGCUCCUGCCAACCUAGCAGUUCGAAAGCACGUCAAAGUGCAAGUAGAUAAAUAGGUACCGCUCCAGAGGGAAGGUAAACGGCGUUUCCGUGCGCUGCUCUGGUUCGCCAGAAGUGGCUUAGUCCUGCUGGCCACAGGACCCGGAAGCUGUACGCCGGCUCCCUCGGCCAAUAAAGCGAGAUGAGCGCCGCAACCCCAGAGUCAUCCGCAACUGGACCUAAUGCUCAGGGGUCCCUUUACCUUUUACCUCUAUUCCAGGGAUUGUGAACUGCAGGGGAGAGGAGUGCGGCCCCCAAGACCUCUCCUUCUGGCCCUCAUAACUCUCCCAUUUAUUGGGUUCAGAAUGCCACCUUUUUCCUCUAAUCUGGCGUUCGUGGUUUCCUCCCCAUCCUGUGAGGUGGGUUCAGUUAAGAAGCGGUGGCUGGCUUUGUGAACAGGUGUCGGGAUUUGAACCCUGGUCUUGACCCAGGGUCUCCCAAACUUGGGUCUCUAGCUGUUUUUGGACUACAGCGCCCAUGUAGGAAUUGUAGUCUCAUGUAGUCUCCAUGUAGGAAUUGUAGUCUUUUGGACUACAGCGCCCAUGAUAGGAAUUGUAGUCUCAAAACAGCCAGGGACCCAAGUUUGGCAAGUUGCUCUAACCACUGCGCAGCACUGCCCUACUGUACAAAAGUGAAGCUUUUAUUAAUAGCCCCGCCCACAUUUGCCCCUUAGCCCCGCCCACAGCUGUCAUGUGGAACGGCUUCCCCACCCUGGUCUUAAUUGCUGUAAUGGAGCCUCCCUUUUCAAAGAGAGUCUACCUUGAAAUUAUAAGCCGCUGGCUGUUUCAUGCAAAAUUUAAGGGCGACCUCAGAACCCAGGAUGCCUCUGGUUUUAGGGAUUGUUGUUUCGUGCCUGGUCCUGGGUUCAAAUGCUACCUUUAACUGUGAUUCUCCUCCCCACCCUCAAAUCUUGUGGAACAGACAUGCCUUCGAGUCAGCCCAUCGACAUCCCCAACGCGAAGAAACGGAACAAAAAGAAAAAACGCUGUCGGGCCACGGAUAGCUUUUCCGGAAGGUUUGAAGGUGAGCGGCUCAAGUUGCUGGUCCUCAACGUUUAUUCUCGAAAUCGUCACCUCCCGCCUUCCCCUUGCAGCAAAACGUUUUCCGCUCAGUCCUUGUGGCCUCGUGAGAGGGGCUGUGUCCGCAAGAAGCCUGCAGGAAGAGGGUUUCAGGAGAGAUGUGUGUUUAUUUAUCCAAAUUUGCAAACUUUGAAAAAGUAAAUAAAGCCCACCCUGCAAUCUAUACAGACCAGGAAACGAUACAAAUGGGAAGUGGUGCUUUUUCAAAGGAGAUGGAUUAGACCAGGAGAAGUUUGUUCUCAUGCAAUUGUUGGACUACAACUCCCAUCCUCUCAAACUAGCAGGGCUGGCAGUCAGGGAUUAUGGGGAUUGUAGUCGAAAAACAGCUGGAGACCCAUAUUUGGGAAACCCUGGAUUAGACGCUUGCAUUUAGGGAAAGGUUGGUGUAGACUGCACUGAGCUGGAUAAGACCCAAAGGUGUGUCGCUGUUUGAAGGAGAGCUUCCUUUUUAAACCAGCCUGUUCGUUCAGAAUCAUGAGGACCAGCCCCUUGUUUUAUUUUUGCAGGAACGGUGAGAGGCAAUGAGGACUAGAACUUUAAACCGGCAGGGACAGCAGCUACUGGCUAUUUUACUAUUAGGUGGUCUGUCAGUAUGCUUUUUUUGUUCUUGUUGUUGAUGUUCUGUAAUGUGUUUUGAAUGAUAUAGGGAGGCAUGUAAAUUGAAAUAACAGCAACAACAACAAUGAUGAUGAUCUGUAAUUUGAGGGACAGCAGGGAGAGGCGUCUGCAAAAUUCAGGCAAAGGUGAACGAUGUCAAAUCAACAAAGCCAUCAGUUAAAAUAAGAUGAUCUGGUGCUUGGGGUUUUUUUUUUUUUUUUUGAAGAAUGGAAGCCUUUGCCGGAUCAUUUGGAGAAAUACGGCAGCACGAAGAAUCCGUGAGCAGGAUUCGCACUAUGAGCAGCAGAAAGAACGAACGACGAUUGUGCUACGGCUGUGUUAAAAAAGAGGGGAGACAGGCAAAGGGAGCGAGGAGAUCAGAAAAACAUCACGGAAAACGAGAUGGGAAGUUGGCGAUAUAAAAAGAACAUUUUAAAAAUAUAUAUUGGACUUUUAUUUGGAAUUUUUGGAAUAUAAACACAGUUUUUGGAAGAAACAAAGUUCAGGCAACGACGCAGGGAAUAGCACUUUGAUUCCCCCCCAUAAUUCUCUUCUUUCCUUGUCUCUCUCUCUCCCCCCCCCCGGUACCCUGCAAACCUUCAGACGUUUACCAACUCCAGGAAGAGGUCCUCGGGGAAGGGGCUCAUGCAAAAGUCCAGGCUUGUGUUAACCUCAUUACCAACAAAGAGUAUGCAGUGAAGGUAAGGGAGCUUGGGGACUUUGGAGUUUGAGCCCCGGGUCGGGCAAGAGAUUUCUGCAUGGCAGCGGGUUGGGAUGGAUGACCCUUGGGGUCCCCGCCAGCUCCACAAAUCUGUGAUUCUCACGGAGGCCGGCCGGAUGCCCUGGUGAGAAGCCUGCAAGUGGGAUUCUCUCCCCUCCCGCAACUGCAUUGCGUUUUGGGUGUGAGAUGGUUGUGUUGCGCUUUUACUGUUGCCUGUUAUGGCUGCCUCUGACCGCAGAGGCAGAGUGUAGCCAUUGUGGCUGCCGGCCAGUGAUGACUCAAUCCUCCAAACCCUCUUUUGAAGCCGUCCACAAUCGUGGCCCUGGCCGUCUCCUGUGGCAGGGAGUUCCACAGGCCCUGCGUGAAGGUCUUUCCUGGGCCAAAAUUGGUGUGUGUGUGUGUCAGGAAUUUCCAGCAUAAAAUGUCUUCGGUAGUGUUUUCCUGGUUGGUGUGGUUAGCCGGGAUUUGGAGGGGGGGGGAGAGAGAGAGAGAGAAUUAAAGAAACGCUUCACGGGUAGGUCUUUGUGCUAUUGGAAUAGGAGCAAGGACAAUUGAGGUUUAGGUGCUUUCCUCCACAUGUGGUGGGAGUGUCCCAAAAUUCAACUAUUCUGGACAACAACCAUACGAGAAAUAAGUAAAAUAACCAAGCAAGUAUUAGAAACCACCCCAGAAUUGGCCUUACUAAACACCUUCCAAGACAACAAUGCCCAUUUACACCACAAAGAACUCAUAACCCACCUACUUUCAGCAGCCAGAAAGACCAUAACCAGACACUGGAGAGACCUGUCAGAAGGAAGCAUGGACCAAAUAGUAUGGGAAACAGCCCUACUAGAAAAAUUAACCAAUAAACUGAAACUGACACGGGGACAAAUAGAAGAAGACGCCUUCACCCUGGUACGGCUCCCCUUCAUCACACACACAGCUCAACAAGACAAUGACAAAAGCCCACCAACGGCAUACAAAUCAAUAUGGCUAACCUGAUCCAAAACACACACACACACACACACCCUUCACACAUGAAAACAAAGACCACCACAGCCAACCACAAAUGAACAGCCACACCCUGGGCCAGGCACCCCCAAACUUGGCCCUCCAGAUGUUUUGGGACUACAGUCCCCAUCAUCCCUGACCACUGGUCCUGUUAGCUAGGGAUGAUGGGAGUUGUAGUCCCAAAACAUCUGGAGGGCCGAGUUUGGGGGUGCCUGCCCUUAGGCCAACCCCAACCUCUCUCACCACCAAAGGAGCACAAGCGAACAGCAGAGAACCUGCACAAGCAACGCUGACACCAAACCCUACAAUAUAUUAAGUAAAAUAGAAACAUCGUCCCACGACCCCCCCCUUUCCCCCCUAAUGUCUCAACAAAUGAAACUGAUUUGUAAAAAUGUUACAUGGAGAGAAAAAAAUACGAGAGAGAGGCAUUGCAGACACUUUUGUAAAUCAAGAAAAUAUUUAAUAAAAAUACAUUUUUUAAAAAAAACCCCCAACUCGGGCGCCUUCCCAGCUCUUAGCAUUCGGCUUUAAGGAACGCCCACGGAUUUGAGUCUUGUGAGACAGGAAGGAAAGCUUUUUUUUUAUUAAGGGAAGCUUUUAAUGUUUGAUGUAUUACAGUAUUUUAAUAUUUUUUUGGAAGCCGCCCAGAGUGGCUGGGGAAUAAAUAAUAAAUUAUUAUUAUUUUUCUCCAUCAGCUGGUGCUGUGUCUGCCACCCGUUGCAAUCGCUUCCUUAUUUUCCUCUGCGGACCCCUGCCUCUUUUUUCACCACCCACCCCAAAGAAGAAAUUCCUCUCUGCAGUCUUGCACGAGGCUGUUUUUUCAGUGCAUGGGAUAUGCAGAGUGAGGGAGGGCGAGCGGUGGUGGCAAAACUGGCUUUUUUUUGUGGAGGCAGAAGUUGGGGAGGGCCGAGGUGGUGACCUGCCUGUGCCGGAGGGGAGGAGAACAGCUGCUGGUCUGGCGCUGGCACCCCCCCUCGUCGCUUUCAUGCAAGGGAGAGGAACAAGCAGGCCUUUUCAUCGGGCUUUGGCUGCAAAGCGGCAUCUUGGGGCGAGGAGAAAAGUUUAGAGCUCCGUAAAUAAUCCGAUUCUCGCUCCUUACGACUGGGGGUGUUUGGGCUGCGGCAGUGAUGGCACCUCCCAAAAGGAAGCCCCUCGCCCCUUUCCGGAGCCAGAUUUUGGGUGCAGAUGGGGAUAUUAUAAUAAUAAUUCAAUUUGAUUCCCUCCCCCUCUUUCUUUUUUUCCUUUCUCCUCCUGUGAUGAGGCUGUAUUUUAAUGUUUUGAUGUUGUAUUUUAAUCUUGUUUUUAAGUUGUAGUCAUUCAACUUGUUUUUAUUAUUGGUUGUUAGCCACCCUGAGCCUGGCUUUGGCUGGGGAGGGCAGGGUAUAAAUACAAUUUUUUAUUAUUAAUAAUGAUAAUAAUUAAUGUAUUACAGUAGUACCUCAUUGUGAGUCUGCCCUGUUUAGUGUCCAUUUCAUGGAAUGUCCACAGCAAACCCGGAAGUACCGGAAUGGGUUACUUCCGGGUUUGCUGCUCGCACACGCCCGCUAAAUCAUGCUUCAUGCAUGCGCAGAAGCGCAAAACUGCUCACGGGCAUGCGCAGAGCGGCGCUUUGUCGAGCGUCUGGGGCUCCGGAACGGAUCCAGGAAUCAAAACAAGGUACCACUGUAUUUAUAGCCCGCCCAUCUGGCUGAGUUUCCCCAGCCAAUCUGGGCGGCUUCCAACAAAAUAUUAGAAUACAAUAGUCCUUCAGAUAUUAAAAGCUUCCCUGAACAGGGCUGCCUUCAGAUGUCUCCUAAAAGUCUGGUGGUUGUUUCUGCCUUCGACAUCUGGUGGGAGGGCGUUCCACAGGGCGGGUGCCACCACCGAGAAGGCCCUCUGCCUGGUUCCCUGUAACUUGGCUUCUCACAGUGAGUGGGCCCAUGAGAAUAGAAUAGAAUUUAUUAUUUAUACCCCGCCCAUCUGGCUGGGUUUCCCCAGCCACUCUGGGUGGCUUCCAACAAAGUAUUAAAAUGCAGUGGUCUGUUAAACACUAAAAGCUUCCCUAAACAGGGCUGCCUUCAGAUGUCUUCUAAAAGUCUGGUAGUUGUUGUUCUCUUUGACAUCUGGUGGGAGGGCGUUCCACAGGGCGGGCGCCACCACCGAGAAGGCCCUCUGCCUGGUUCCCUGUAACUUGGCUUCUCGCAGUGAGGCAACUGCCAGAAGGCCCUUGGCGCUGGACCUCAGUGUCCGGGCAGAAUGAUGGGGGUGGAGACGCUCCUUCAGGUAUACUGGGCUGAGGCCGUUUAGGGCUUUAAAGGUCAGCACCAACACCAAUAUAAAAUGAACGUAUUCCCUGUUUCGUCUUAAGAACUUUGGGUCGAGUGAAAAGUAAAACGGGAGUUUUUCAUUUUACGAUUUUUAUUAUUUUGCGUUGCGGACAGUUGGUUGGCGUUUCCCAAACUUGGGUCUCCAGCUGUUUUGGGACUAAAACUCCCAUCAUCCCUGAUUGCUGGUCCUGCUAGCUAGGGAGGGUGGGAGUUGUAGUGCAAAAACAGCUCCAGGCGUGAUCUUCUGAAAUAUUGUACUAGGUUACUCUUUGCGUCCCUUUGAACUCUGAUUUUAGAAGGGGAGAGAGAAGCAAUAUUUUUUUUGGUAUGUGCUUGGGGGGGAAUACUCCUCUCACAAAAGCAGCCCCACACACACACACCCCUAAGCACAUUCAUUGAAUUGUAGAGUUGGGACCCCUGAGGGUCAUCCAGUCCAACCCCCUGCAAUGCAGGGAUCUCAGUUCAAGAACUCCUGGCAGAUGGCCAGCCAACCUCUGCUUAAAAACUUCCAAGGAAGGAGAGUCCGCCACCUUCCACCCAUUGUCGAACAGCUCUUACUGUCGGAAAGUUUUCCUGAUGUUCAGUCGGAAUCUCCUUUCUUGUAGCUUGAAGCCACGGGUUCGAGUCCCGCCCUCCAGAACAGGAGAAAACAAAUUGUGUAUGUGUGUACACGCACAGAUAUAGCAAUAGACAAUACAUUUAUUUUCUCGCCUUAGGAACAUGUAACUUCUGUAAUGACAGAUGAAAAUUAAAAGACGGGAAACGAAAUGCCCCCCCCCCCAGGUGAAAUAACAAAGCCCAGUUCAUGAAAGAAAGAAAGAAAGAAAGAAAGAAAGAAAGAAAGAAAGACGAGAAUAAAAGUCUUCGCAUUAAGAGAGAAUAUUGGUGUUACUGGAUUUUCAAGUGUCGUUUCCCAGGCUUGUCUCAAAAAUGAUGGCUUCACUCUACAUAUGUAAUGAAGAAAUUUCAAAUUAUAUGUAAAGUGUCUGGAAGUUCUAGUCCUCGUUAAAAUCUCAAAAGAUGCUCAAUUUUCUCCAUUAUCACUGUAUUCCAGAGUGGUGGGACCGAGUGCCCGGUGCAAGAUUUUUGGGCUGUUUCCCAUUGAGUUGCAAUUCCUUUUUGAGCUGCUUAGAUUUUAAGGACAUUUUCGUGAUCUGCGAUUGUAGGCGUGAAAAGCAAAAUAGGGGUUUUUUUGAGGCUGGAGCAAAACAAGGAAGUCCCUGGAUGAGCCCAAGAAUGUCUUCGUAAAAUGCUUUUUUGAAAAGGAAACAGCUGCAAAGGGAACAGCUGUGUUUUGCAAAAAAUAAAAAAAUUAAGGAAGUGGUGAUUGGGGGCUGGUGUGUUUAUGGUGCCUAAUUGGGAGCAAUUCCUUUGCUGCGGAAAAUCUUCUGUUGGUUCGUGGUAUGACCUUAGCUUGAGAGAGGCUGAACUUGAAAUCCCUGCACGUAGAAACAAAGCCUCUCAGGGUCAACAUUUCUUCUUGAUGUGUUUGCUUUCUAGUUGUGGAGAAACUUGCUUUUUUGGGUGUUUGGGGGAGCAUUCGUGUGCAAGGAGAUGAAUCGUGACGCCGUUUUUAAAAGCUGUUCUCCAGCAAGAUGCUUGGGGGAACUCGCGCACGAGAACGGUCUUCCGUGAUAAACGGCACCCUUGCAGCUAGAGAGCUAGCCUUUCAAGGUGGGCGGGGAGUUGCAACAGGACAAGGGUGGCCAUGAAUGGUGCCUGUUAUGCACACAGACUCCCGCAGAGACGAGGGAACGGCUUGAACUCGUGUUAAAAGGGUGCAAAACUCUUUGAUUGCACCCAACUCGCUGCUUUCAAAUCCCUGACGCGACUCUGCGCUGACGUUCGCUCCUUUGUGUGUGUUUCUCUUUAAAGAUUAUCGAAAAGCGUCUCGGACACAUCCGGAGCAGGGUCUUCCGGGAAGUCGAGAUGCUGUAUCAGUGCCAAGGGCAUAGGUAUUUUUAAUUUUAUUUUUUGGUGGCUUAAGCUGUAGGGUUUUUUAAGGGGUGCCUUGGACUGGCAGUGCCCAUAAUAGUUGCUCAGAUAAACCUGAGGUUCUGCCAGCACCUGGUUCGCCCCCGUGAAACCUCCAUGCUCAAGAGCAGUCUAUCUGCAGCCUUGCUUUUGCAGGCUUCCUGGAGACGCAUCCCAUUUGGGGGAAGAAAAUGUGGGGAGGGGGUGUGUGGAUCUUUCUUGGACUGACCUGGCAAGGCUGUGCAGUGGGGGAGAAAGAGAGACGUCCUCAUUCUAGGAGAAAACCAUGCAAAGUGGAGAUUUCCCCCCCAUUUUUAAAUGUCCUCCCUGUCUUGCUCGCGGCAGGAACAUCUUGGAGCUGAUUGAGUUCUUUGAAGAGGAAGACCGGUUCUAUCUUGUGUUCGAGAAGAUGCGAGGAGGCAAGUAGCGACUCUCGUGCCUGGCAUGUUGCUGGUCGGGAACGUUUGGCCCGCGGUCCUAACCUGGCCAGCAUGUUUUGGCCCUUCUGGUAGUUUUGGCUGAGCCGUGCCCGCCUGUCCUGGGCGUUGGUCACCCAGGUGAUCGGCUCCACCUGCCUGUCCAACUUUGCUUCCAGGGGGGUGAGGAAAGGGAUCCCAACUCGCAGGCUGGAUUAAAUUAUUGAACUGGAACCUGUGAAAAGAUUUUAUUCUCGGGCCAAGGAUGGCUGCUUGUCCUCUGGAAAAGCCAUCCCUGCAUUUCUGCAGGAGUUGUUGCUAUCGUCAUUUAUUAAAUCUGUAUACUUCCCUUCAUCCGGAAAAUUAUGAGAUGAAAAACACAAAAUGCAUAAUAAAAACGAAAGGCAAACCAGUAACCUACCCCUGCAAAGGGCAUCAGGUUGAAGAGGAAUGUUUUUGCCAGGCACCUAAAGGUGUAUAAUGAAGGCACCAGGCAGGCCUCCCUGGGGAGAGCAUUCCACAAACAGGGAGCCACCACAGAAAAGGCCCUGUACUUGUGUUGCCACUGUUGGGAUCUAUUGAGGUGAAGGCACACAAAGAAGGGCCUUGGAGGAUGAUCUCAGGGUCUGGGCAGGUUCAUAUGGGGAGAGGCCAGUCCUUAAGGGAUUGCGGUCCUGAGCCGUUUAAGGCUUUAUAGGUCAAAACCAGCAAUAUCUGCCUCUCCCGGAGUUGGCAGCCCUGCGUGGGGAGCGAAUUCCCUGCAGAUUUACCUGCCAUAGUUGCAAAGAAUGGAGCUGCUUCUCAGACACUACUCAGCUAAAUUAACGGAUGGUUAAUGCAGCUGUUCUACUGCAGAGUAACAGCCUUCCUCCUAAAAAGUUAUGUUUCUAGCCCUCUUGGUUCCAAAUUGAGAACUGAUUCGAGUCAGACCACCAAGUUCGGCAUUGUCUGCUGCGCUGAUUGUUCCCCAGGCCUGCAAACUUUUAUUUUUUGCUGCCUGAGAUCGCUAAUAUUGCUCUGUGCCCUCUUUUCUCUCCCUGCUCCGAUCUUUUCCAGGUUCCAUCCUGACUCACAUCCAUCGCCGCCGCCAUUUCAACGAGCUGGAGGCUAGUAUGGUUGUGAACGACAUCGCCAGCGCCCUCAAUUUCUUGCACAACAAAGGUCAGCAAAUCCUUUGCGAGUCUGCAAAUACCACGGGGCUUGUUGGGUCUUAUCUCUGUUAUUUUGUCUGGCAACCCGGAGGGAAAGUUUGGAAGAGGGCAGUCUGAACUCUCAAGGGGACUCCCCCUAGGAGGAAAGUUUGCAGCGUUUGGAACCUUUCAGUUUAGAGAAAAGGCGAGCGAGAAAAGAGUCGACACGGGAGAAGUUUUAUGAAAUCAUGGAGGAAGCAGAAAGGAGUUUUUUCCUUCCUCCUAACAACUGGAAAUUGUGGAAGUGUGAUUCUGGGAAAAUAGCUAUAACAAACUGAAAACGAUGUUUAGAUUUUCAUUUGGAAAAACAGAAUCCUGUCUCCUAGGUAUCAUGUUAGAGGAAAUAAAAAGAACGGUCAGACCAAUAUUUUAUGUAUGCAACUACUGCGGCAGGGUUAUUGAUUGCCAAAAAUUGGAAAAGCAGCAGCGUCCCAACUAAAACAGACUGGUUAUCUAAAAUGAUGGAAUACCUCCAUAUUGCCAAACUAACAGGGAGGAUAAGAGGAGAUAGGGUACAAGUGAAUAAGGAGUGAGUGAAUUAAGGAAUACAUCAAAAUUUAUGUGGAAAAGUAGAAUUUCUGACAGAUACUGAGUGAAUCCAGAAAAUGAUUAGAGUGAAAGGAGAGUAAAGUUAAGAUAAAAGAAGAGAUUAAAGAAAUAAUGAAAUGCGUUUAAGCUAGUUGGAAAAAUAAAGUAGCAUAACAAGAACGAUUGGAAGUCAAGUCACUUGGUGGGUGUCCGUGUGGGGCAGGUGUGUAGGUUUGUUGAUAUGUACAGUAUAGGUAGGUAUUAUAUAGAGUAAUGUAGGUAUGUUUUAUGCUAUGAAAAUUAGGUAGCGUGUUGUGUAUGUGUAUUGUGUAAAUGUAUAUGUAUGUGUUUUAUAUGUCAAUAAAAUAAAAAUAAAAAUUGUGGAAGUGUGGUGAAGGCAGAAAGGCAGGGCUUCUUCAGUGUUGAAAACUGUGGAGCCCCCUUCCUUCAGGAGACCAGGAUCUUCGAAUGGGACAGUUGGAAGGGACCCCGAGGGUCAUCUAGUCCAACCCUCCCCUGCCAUGCAACCCAGUGUUAGAAGAGGAGAGAUAUAGGCCAGAAACCAGGGUUGCAGCUGCCCAAACGGAAUGCCACAUGGCCAUUUUUCAAGACUGUAACACUUCGGUGCUUGAAAUUCCUCUGAUCGUGCAGAUAAAAUAUAACGAAUAGGAUUUUGCAGGAUGGGGGAUUGGUGUGUGAAAAGGUCCAGAUCCGAGGAUCCCCAGGCAUGCACCUCCAGGUGAUGGAGACGUCAGACGCCAUCCUGGCUCCCAGGAAUCUUCACUUGGUCGCAAGCGGCCGCUGGCCAAUUGCAAAAUGCUUCUGGCGCCUUUUGAACUCUGCAUCUGAAGGGAGGGUGUUCCACAGGGUGGGAGCUGGUUUUCUUAGGGACUAGUGCCUUUGCUUUCUCCUUCUCCAGUCCAGUUGCUGCUUUCAUUUCCUCGCUGUGCGAAAAAGGUUUCUUUGAUCUUGCAAGAAGUUUAGCCUCUGUGCUUUUGUUUGCUGAUGCAAUCUCUCUCUUUCCUUUUCAGGAAUAGCACAUAGAGAUUUAAAACCAGAAAAUAUCCUUUGUGAAAGCUCCAAUCAGGUAAGGAGUGGCUUCAAACACAUUCGCAGGAUGCUCCCUCUUGUCUUGUCUAAAGAGAAAGUUGCCAUUUGGUGUGCGAUCUGUGGAACUGCCGUCUGCAGGGUGUUGCAGUAAAGGGCUUGCAGACGAACAUGCAGCUGCCCUUUGCAAUUUGCUCUUCUCCAGAUUUUGCGAUGUGUUCCUCCAACAAAACAAAAGACUCUUAAUCUCAGGGUUCUGGGUUCGAGCUACAUAUUGGGCAAAAGAUUCCUGCAUUGCAGUGGGUUGGACUAGAUGACCCCCGUGGUCCCUUCCAACUUUACCAUUCUAGGAUAUUAGAUGCAAAAAUGGCUCUGUGAAUAAUGUCCAAUAAUAAUGCCCAACAACAACAACAACUUAUUAUUUGUAUCCUGCCCAUCUGGCUGGGUUUUCCCAGCCACUCUGGGCAGCUUCCAACAAAAAUUAAAAAUACAUUAAAAUAAUGCUUUGAAUUGGAGAAAACCGCUUGCAGAAUUGUGCAUAUUAGUUAAAAGGGUGAGUUAAGAUAAAUGCAUGUGAAAACAUACAGGAAUUUUUAAUGUGGACUUCGAAAUUUUUCACGGUGAUGUGGAAAGCAAAGGGGGGGGGAAUGAACUGAAUUUGAGCUGCUUGGGGAGGGAGAAAUGAGAAACUGAAAUUCAUAGGCUUGUCUGAUUAAUUCUUUCUGGAGCUAUGGAUUUUUUUUAAAAAAAACAACUGGCAAAUUAUUUUUCUUUUCUGCAAUGCAGGUUUCGCCCGUGAAAAUCUGCGAUUUCGAUCUAGGAAGCGGGAUCAAGCUGAACGGCGAUUGCUCACCCAUCUCCACUCCAGAGUUGCUCACCCCGGUAAGUUCCCCCAAGCGUGGAAAAACCCAAUUUAUAUAAAACACUUUAAAAGUGGUGCUUGGAAGGAGAAUCUGAACUGGGGCUCAACCAACAAAAGUGGCAGCCAGCAGGUUUUGAAUGAGGAGGAAGGCUUUUUUUUAUAUAUAUAACUGAUGGAAUUCAAAGGCGUGAGAUGUGCUGAAGUUUAGCAGACUUUAAAAAUGGAAAAUCCUCCAGGAAUUUCAGCGUCCGUUCACUGUGAUGGCUCAGAUGGAAGCCUGCAUGCUUGGGGGCAGUCUACCUGUCUGCGGACAAACGCCGGCUCCCUCGGCCUGAAAGCGAGAUGAGCGCCGCAACCCCAGAGUCGGAUUCCCAGAGGCGUCUGGCUGUCCACUGUUGGAAUCAGAAUACUGGGGAUGGAUGGAUUCCACCCCCACACCCCGAUCCAUAUAGCCUUCUCUGUGUGUUUUGCUGAUGUUUUGGCAUUGGUGGAAAGAGGUGUUCGGCUUUGUAUGGCUUGUCCGUGUGUACGUUCGGUCAUCAUUUGCUGCAAGCCGGCCUUCCAAAAUCUCUUAUGGGGGACACAAGAGCCCUUAUAGAGUCCUUUGCAGGUUCUCCAUCGGUCGGAGAUAAGAGCAGAGGCCAAUGAGAGAAUAUUGAGAAGCAAAGAUUGUAAGCCUAAUCUUUAUUGAACUGUUGCAACAGGGUGACCCCUUCACACGCAGGAGAAGGAGGAGGACCCAGAACAAAGGUGUGUCCACCCUUAUAUAGACAUUUUAAAUUGCCCGCCCUGGAGUCCAAGACCACCCCCAGAAACAACAUACCUACAUCACAGAAAGGGCGGUCUACAACAGAAAUCUGAGUGCGUUGUUUACCUCCUGUCUGGCAGGUUAUCUGUUAAUGCUCACUUGAUUGGAUACCCUGGGGAGCCUGGCCAGUCUUUUGUAAUGACAAAUACUUAGUUCCUGAGCCAGGUCACAGGCUCAAACCCUAUUCAUACACAGACAUACCCUUAAGACAGGAUUUGUGAAGGAAAAGACAAUGGGGAGGCUUUUCCAUUUUCCUUGACCUUGCAGAGAAAUUGGUUUCAGGGCUGUUUUCCUGUGCUGCUUCAGAUAUGUGGUUUAUAUAUUUAUGUACGUGUUUGCUUGGUACGUUUAUGAACAUUUAUUAUAUAUAUAAGACCUUAAAUUUUUUAUUUUUUAUUUUAUUUAAUCCCCCCUUUGCAUCUGUAAUCUGUUUAUUACAUCCUUUAACUGGCUUUAACUAAUGUGGUGGCUUAUGGCGAGUCAAGGAUCCCCCUAGGAGACCAGGAAGGGAGAUGUUUGCAAAAUGGGAGGACGUUGGUUCUUUCCAACCAGUCCCUGGCCAAUGCAGACUGGUCUUGUGUGGUCAUGUUUCUCCAAGCUUAUUGGCGUGCCUUUUUUAUUUAGAGUGUUGCCAUAGUCAGAUUUGAUUCCUGGCUCCAUCCGGCUGGCUUUUUAUUUUUAUUUAUUGUGUUCGUUUUUCCCAGGGAUGGCUGACGUGCUUCUCCCCUGUGACGUAGAUUAGGCUGGCACCCCAACAUCACCCCCAGUGAGUUUCACAGUCGGGUGGGGCAAUUUGAACCCUGGAUAGCUUAGUCCAGGGGUCAGCAAACUUAUUGCGCCUCGGGCCAGUGUCUCCAGGGCCAGAGGACGAGGGAGCACGUGCCCAUACCCGUGUGCACACGCUAUUUCUGGCGCACUUCCGGGUCCGAGGAGCACCGGAAAUAGCUUGUGCGCAUGUGCACUGGCCUCCUCCGACCCGGAUGUGCGCCGGAAAUAACACUUGUGCAUGUGCAAAUAACGCUUGCGCAUGCGCACAAGGUAUUUCCGGUGCUCCUCCGACCCGGAAGUGGGCAGCCGUGCAACGCAGUGCCGGUAAGAGUGGGCGGCAGGGGUCACUGUGGGCCGGAUAAACGAGUACCUCCGGCCUUAUCCGGCCCGCGGGCCUUAGUUUGGGGCCCCCUGGCUUAGUCGGUAGAUAGAGCACAAGACUCUCAAUCCCAGAGCUGUGGGUUCAAGCAAAAGAUUCCUGCCUUGCAGGGGCUUGGACUAGGUGACUUCCAAAUUUCACGGCCCGUUCCUGGGGCGCCGCGGAGAUUAUUAACUUGUGGCGUAGAAUUGUGUCAUGAAUGUGAACACCGCUUCUUGUUCUGUAUCUCGGCUAUGCGGCUGGUUUGCGUUUCCUGAGAGGCUGUGCAGAAUCGAAAAGGUCGCAUUGUGUUGGCUGUCUUUUGAAUGAAAGAAACAGUCUUGGGGUUUUUUAGGGGGGGGCACAGACCUGCAAAAUGCAAAUCUGCAUGUGCCGGAAGAAGCGAAGCAGCCAAGGGGCUCCCAUUUGCAGUCUGCAAACAAAGUUUUGAAAAAAUUAAGUGUUGCAGGGAGGAGGAAGUGCACGAAAUUGGGGCACGUUGCAAAGACACAGCCCCCCCAUCCCAGGUUUCGGGUUCCAUAGUGCUCUUAAUUUAUUCCCCUUCCUUUCGAAAGCUUUUUAAAACUGUUGUUUUCCCACCCUAAGCAGAGAGAGGGGCCACCUGCCUCUGGUCUCUCUUGCUCCCCCCCCCCCUCCAAACCACUGCUGAGAUGCUGUAAAAUUUGCCCCUAGCAACAGCUUGGCUGAUUGGCUGUCAGGCCUGAGGUUUGGGGAUUUCCUCUCCCCCCCCCCUCCUUCCAUCUGUUUCUCUCUCUCUUCCCCUCCCCUUGCUUUGUAGAGGCUGCUCUGACCCAUUUCUGCGGUGGGGGGUGGGGCGGGGCAAGGAGACGGCAGGCUAUGGACAGAUUUUUUUUUUUUUUAAAAAAAACUCCUGGACAUAGAGUUUUAGGUAAGAUCAAAUCCCAGCCAUGUGUGUCAAAAGGGUUAUAAAUAUCACUACGAAAACAAAACACCCUUUGCUUUUUUUGCAAAAAAAACCUUUGCCUUUUUGCAAUUUUUUAAAAAAACGCCAAAAAACAAACAAACCCCACACCCUUUGCUAUUUUUGCAGCAGCAGCAACAAAAACAAUCUUUGCUGUGCAGCUCAGCGUUACUCAAGAGUUAAGAUUCGUUGGAAUUGAUGGAAGUGAUUCACGUCAAUGGGUUCUGUUGAUUAUUAUUAUUAUUAUUCAUUGAAUUUGUACGCUGGCCUUCAUCUGUAGAUAUCGGGGCGCAUCUGCUCUCAGAUCGUAUUAACACCCUAGAUUUAAAGCUCUGUGACGCCGCUUUGAACGGUCAUGGCUUUGUCCCUCACAAAGGAAACCCCCCCGGGAAGUGCAAGUUGUUCAGCGUGCUGGGCGCUGUUUGACGAAUACCUGCGCUACAGUUCCCAGACUGGUUUAUCGCUCCAUCCCUCUUCCCAGGGAAUUGUAGCUCUGGGAAAAGGGGGGCCACAACUCUCAGCAUCUUUACUUUUAAAAAUAUUUUUAUUAGGAAUUUAAACAGUACAUAUUAUCCUACAACAUAUCAUCCUUAAUCCCCCCCCCCAUAGAACAACCCCCCCUGACUUCCCUCAGUUCCCAUCUCUGGUUUCUCUAUAAAUGCUAUUCUCUGCAUGUUACAAAAUCGUAUAGAUCCUUAAUUUAUCUAACUGGUUGUUAUCAAUAAAAAGUUUGUGAGUGUUUAUUCAAAACCUGCCAAGGAGUCCAGUUCACUUUGUUGCUUCUUUAAAUACUUUGUAAAAGGUUCCCAUUCAGUUAUCCUUGUCCCGUAGUUUGUGUCAGUUUUGCCAAUUCUGCAUAGUCCAUCAGUUUCUCUUGCCAUAAUUCUUUAGUCGGGGUUCUUCGAACUCUCAGCACCUUGAAAGCUCCCAGAAUUCUCUGGAGGGAGCACCGACUGUUUUAAAGUGUGUUUUCCUAGUGUUUCGAACUCAGAACCGGUUCUCCGUGCUUUCAAACAGGCAGUCUUUUCCCCACCCUUACCUGGAGACGCACCUGAGGCCUUCUGCAUGCCAGGCAGGUGCCCUGCCAAUGAACUCCCCCGAAAGCCAUUGAAACGGUUCCUGCAUUAGCUGGGGUUCCUGCGCCGCAGCGGGUUGGACUGGAUGACCUUGUGGGUUCCCUCUGUGAUCCCUAAGCGUGCAUCCUUCCACCGCCCUCUUUAUGUGCCCCCGAGGCAGAUCGGCUCCAGAGAAGCUCUUCCCUCCUCCCUUUUCGUAAACCGGCCGGUUGGGCGAGUUACCCGGACUCUGCGCCCUGCCCCUUUCUGGAGGAUUUGCCCGAGUCCGGAUAAUGUGGAUUUGCGUAUGUAUUAAUUCGAGGAAGGGCAGAGUUAGGCAGCUGACGCGGCGCCGGGCGGAUUGCGUCUCGGCUGGUUUGAUCCGGUCUCGUUCGGGGAAGGGAGGAUGUGGUGAAAAAGAAGAGCGAACUCUGUUUGCCUCGGUUGGUUGGCGACAGCGAAGGGUUUUGGUGAUGAGUGGUUUUUUGCUGGUCUCGUUUUGCAGCUGCAGUCAAGGGUUCCUCUGAGCAUGUGCAGAGUGCGCUUUCCAUCACAGAACCCUUCCCUCCUCCUCCUCCCUUUGAUGCGUAUCUGGGAUUAAGGGAUAGGGUUUAGGAGGCGGUGAGCAGUGGUUCCCUGCUACUCUCACUGAUUUUUAAAGAUUUCUGUAUGUAUACAGAAGAGUUCAAGGCAGGUGCGUUCUAUUUAAACCAGUUUCACUUUCCACUUCUCAGAUGAACCAAGCACACUGUUUCCCCUCCUUUUUAAAUCUGCAAGCGACAGAUUGAUAAUCCCGAAGCGUAUAAACUGAUCGUCGUUUUGGAAUUAAAAUUAAUUUAGCGUGGAAUAACUUCAAGCUCCAGUUUUUCCCUCUCUCAAUAACACACCUGUGGUUUUUUUUAAGAGCCAAGAAGGGUGUCUUUAAGUUUGCUGAGGAUACUAAAAUAGAAACACAAAAAGCUGGUAUAGUCAAUGUCGCCAACUGGCUCCUAUCAGGGCCAUCAGCAUUUUAAAUCUUCCCAUGUGUUUUAUUGUAUUUUGACUAUUACUUUUAGCUGAUUUGUUUCAGUUAAUUGGUAUUUUAAAAUGGAUCUUUUUUUAAAACGUUGUAAGCUGCCAACUUGGGAGAAGUGCCUGGGGCAACGCAGUCCGGUGGCUGGGGUACAAAUAAUAAAAUUUGACUAUUACUAUAAAUACAUCAAAUGAAUGUCAGCCUGGGUAGCUCUAUUGGCCCUCCAGCUGUUUUGGGACUACAGUUCCCAUCAUCCCUGACCACUGGUCCUGUUAGCUUAGGGAUGAUGGGAGUUGUAGUCCCCAAAACAGCUGGAGGGCCGAGUUUGGCCAUACCUGGGUUAGAUCAUGGUGCUGAUAAUGCCUAGGUUGCAAGUUCAGGACAGCUGCGUAUUGCUGCAUUGCCAGGGGGUUGGGAUGGAUGACCCUCGGGGUCCCUCCAACUCCAACUUUUUUUUUUAUGAAUGGACUUUGAGGCUCCGAUCUCCAAAUCUGCCACUUGCCAUUUUUGUUUUCUCCAGGCACUACUAACUAGAUGGAUUUAUUUUCUUCUUCCAUGCAAGAACUGUCCCAGCGGAUUGUUUCAAAGGUCGGGGGGGGGGUUGCCCCCCAAAUUACAACUCUCUUCCCAAGCCCUUAACUGAACCCCCAAUCUUAUUCCAGAAAAACAGGCCUCUGCUCAUCUAUCGUGGGGGAUAAAUUCUGGGGUUACAGCAUGAAGCCAAAACUGUGUAGAGUCAAAACACGUUGGGUGAGAUUCCCACUGGAAGUCUUCCCCCAUUUUGGACCACUUCUUAAUUAUUAUUUUUUAAUUGCCAGGCGUAUAUUAAGCAGAAAUGGGCACAAGUCAAACGCACAAAAGUUCCUCUUUAACCAGGCCUUGGGCUGAUUGACACCCACCGCCCUUUUAAAAAUCUAGGGGGGUGUUGUUAGUUUGUUUUUAUUUUUAUUAUGUGUUUUGAGGGCUUUUAAAUUGUAAUUUUAUCCUGUGAAGCGCCCUGAGACCUGUGGGCAUAGGUCAGUAUACAAAUUUAAUAAAUAAAAAUAAUAAUGAUAUCUGUUCCGAUAUCCAAAGUCUGGGAAACACCAGCUUUGGGGCAGUGUGUUCUCCCCAAGAACCUGAGGUCUAGCAGCUUGGUUUGCACUUUUCAAAACAACGGACUUCCACAUUUUCAAACCAUUGAGCCUUUUUGUUGUGAGGUAUUUCUGUGCUCCAGAACAGGGUUUUUUUUUUUUGCUUUAUUUUUUAGCUAGUGUGAGAAAAAUGCAUUUGCUCACAAAGGACUUUGGGUCAUAUAUUUGCACCAAGUUCCUUUGCAAGUGCAAUUGGACUUUUCUUUUUGUAAAGGGGUGGGGAGAAGAACAUAAUUCUUGCAGUUUGUGUAUUUGGGGAGAUCCCAGCCCUUGCAUGCGCAAUCCCUUCCCCUUCUUCAUCGGACAGAACUAUUCUGGCAGGUUUAUAGCGGUGCCCUGAACAUUGCAAACCCUUUUUCCAGGAAACGCUGCCUGGCUUUUUAUAGACCUUGGAUGGUCUCCCUCUUCUUGGCCCUGAGGGCUUCUGGGAAAGAAUGUCCCGGUUUUUUGGGGGGGGGGCUUUAUUUAUGAGGGGUGAAAUGUGGGGCAGAGGCAUGGUGAUCACGUGCCCCCCCCAGCUGAAGCAAAACUCAGCUGGUGCCAUCCAGAGAGCAUGGCUACUUGGCAAAAGAGAAAAUGCUUCCUGGUCUGAUGGGACCCCCAGAGCCCAUCUAGACCAACCCGCUGCAAUGCAGGCGUCUCAACUGUACCAUCCAGGACAGAUCACCUUCCAACCUCUGCUUAAAACCUCCAAGGAAGGAUGCCCCCCGCCCCCCGAGCAGGGUUAGAAAUUCAAAAUAUACAAGCUGAUCGCCAAAUGGCACCUUAAACCUCGGUUGCGGUCGCCAUGAUGGAAUGUCCAGGCGCCAUUUUUUCCUUGGUGAAUUUUAUUAUUAUUCAUUUCCGCGCCACUUUAUGUUUUAAAGAAGAAGAAAAUCUAUCUUUCUAAUAAUCUAUCUAGUAACAUUUUAUCCUUUACCCCACAUAGAAUGUUACAUUUGUUACUCAACAGCUAUAUUCCAAUUUGACCAAACUACGAUUGCGUUUUAAGGUUCCAGUCCUCAGUGUCUUACCCAAUUUCAUCCUUUCUAACGUGAUUUGUAACACGUUCUGCUGUCUUCUUACACUCCAAACCCCACUGGGGCCGUCGCGUAUGGGGAUAAAACUUUUUUAUAGACUACGAAUGGGUCCCAGCCUUCUUUAAAAGACUCUAAAUUUGUGUUUCUUAUCAGUGCUGUCGGUUUUGCCAUCUCCACGUAUUCAAGGAUUUUCACCUGCCAUUCUUCCUUGGAGGCUGUUCUCUCCUCCUCCCAUUUCUGAGUGUAGGGAAACUAUAAAGACGGUUGAGGCUUUCCCCCCCGCCUUGGCAAUCCAGAUCUGUUGCUAAAUAAUUUCAUUGUGGGAGCCGGAGAUCUUAGACAGUAAAACAACUUUCCAUUUGUGUAAAAUGUGUGUGUUUCUGAAAGAGCAAACUGGAGUUUCUUUCCUGCAAAGUUAGUGGUUUCAAAUCACAUGCAAUUUCUUCUGCAUGUGAAAUCUGGAACCUUUUCGUUUGCGGUGGGGGAAUUUUGAAAAGCAAAAGUGUGACCCUGCGGCUUUUAACCCUUUCUCUGCCUGAUUCCUAUUUAUUUUUUUAAAUUCGUCGUUAUUGAUUUAAAAUAUCAUCUUACAUAUAUAUUGCAAACAGUUACAUCAAAAUUAAACACAAAAAUAUAAUAGAAAGAAGAUAAAGAAAAUAAAAAUAAAAAGCAAAAAAGAGUUAACAAUAAGAAAUGAAUAUUGGUUAUAACAUCCUGCCUUUUCUAAUAAAGUCUUCUGAAAGAAACUUCCAGUCGUUCUCGUUGUACUUUUUCUAUUAUCUUAAUUUUAUCGCACAGUUUGUUUUAUAACUUCUCCUGUAUAUUCAUCUAGUAUAUUUGUUCCAUUUGUUUAUUAUAUACAAGUAUCAUUCAGUUCUGCUAGGAUAACAUCAUUAUUACAAUAUAAUCUUAUACAUUCUCUGAAUAGUCUCCAUUCUCUGAAUUUUUUUUGAUUUGGGGCUCCUCUGACUUUUCCAGUCAGCUUUGCUAAUUGAAAGUACUCUAGCAUGAGUGAUUGCCUAUCUAUUAUUGUGGUUGUUUUUUCACAUUUCCAACUUCUGUUCUCCUCCCGAUUCCAGUGCGGCUCGGCUGAAUACAUGGCCCCGGAGGUUGUGGAAGCAUUCAACGAGGAAGCCUCGAUCUACGACAAGCGCUGCGACUUGUGGAGUUUGGGGGUCAUCCUCUACAUUAUGCUGAGCGGCUACCCGCCUUUCGUGGGCCACUGCGGGACCGACUGCGGCUGGGACCGCGGCGAAGCGUGUCCCGCUUGCCAGGUGAGUAGGGCUCGGGCUCCUUCCUCUUCUUUUGUUCUUUGCACAAAGGUCAGGUUCAAGAAGAACCAGCUGCACCAAUACAUAGCUGUCAAGCGUCCCUUAUUUGGCGGGACAGUCCCUUAUCCCAGCGCCAUGUCCCGCUGCUGUCCCUUAUUGAUGAUGUCCCUUAAAUUUCCCGGGUUUCAAAGGAAGCAGCUCUUCUCCCUCCCUCCCUGCCAGCCAGGGAGGAGGGAGGCUCCAACUGUGUGGCUUCGCUGCGUUGCUCACCCAAUAAGGAGUCUGAGAACGACUGGGAGGUAGAGCUUGCAUGCCUUGUGCUGAUCAAAUCGGCCGCGUUUGAGACUUGCCUUUGCUCAGCGCUUCCCAGCGGAGAGGUGACGGUGAUUUUCCUUGAGGCUUGAGGCUUCAUUUGGCUGCUGGCUGGGCUUUCUGCCUUUGGCUCGGAGGGGCCCAGAAGUUGAACAUACCUGUGCUUGGAAAAUCCCUUAUUUUGGCUGCUGAUCCCUUAUUUCCGAGGCUGCUAGUCCCUUAUUUUCAAAUUUGUAAGUUGACAGCUAUGCACCAAUAUAAGAUUUUUUGGGUGGGGGGACAAAAAUAGUACAGUGGUUCCUCUGGAUGUGAACGGGAUCCGUUCCGGAGCCCCAUUCGCAUCCUGAAGCGAAUGCAACCCGCGUCUGCAUGGGUCGCGCUUCACCGCUUCUGCGCAUGACGUCAUUUUGAGCAUCUGCGCAUGCGCGAGCGGCGAAAUCCGGAAGUAACAUGCUCCAUUACUCCUGGGUCGCCGCAGAGCGCAACCCGAAAAGGCUUAACCUGAAGCAACUUCAACCCGAGGUAUGACGGUACAUGUGGAAAGGAUCUAGGGAUCUAGCAGAGCAUAUGAGUGAACAGUGUAAAAGGUAAAGGAACCCCUGACCAUUAGGUCCAGUCGUAGUCGACUCUGGGGUUGCGGCGCUCAUCUCGCUUUAUUGGCCGAGGGAGCUGGCGUACAGCUUCCGGGUCAUGUGGCCAGCAGGACUAAGCCGCUUCUGGCGAACCAGAGCAGCACACGGAAACGCCGGUUACCUUCCCGCUGGAGCGGUACCUAUUUAUCUACUUGCACUUUGAUGUGCUUUCGAACUGCCAGGUUGGCAGGAGCAGGGACCGAGCAACGGGAGCUCACCCCGUCGCAGGGAUUCGAACCGCUGACCUUCUGAUCAACAAGUCCUAGGCUCAGUGGUUUAACCCACAACGCCACCCGUGUCCCUUCUGUGAACAGUGUAAUGCAGCAGUAAAACAGAAAAGGUGAUUUUGUAUGAUUCCGUGACCCACCCUUCCUUCCUUCCUUCCUUCCAGAACAUGUUAUUUGAAAGCAUCCAGGAGGGGAAGUACGAAUUCCCUGACAAGGAUUGGGCUCACAUCUCUUUCGGAGCCAAAGACCUCAUUUCUAAGCUGCUGGUCAGGGAUGCCAAGAAGCGCCUCAGCGCAGCCGAAGUUCUCAAGCACUCGUGGGUGCAAGGGGUGAGCACAGUGGGGGGGGGGGAAAGGCGGGAGGGGUUCGUUGAUUUGGGGUUAGGGUGUUUUUCUGUUUUUUUUUGCAGCCCCCAAUAAACCUGUCCCGUUUUCUCUCUCCAUGAAAUGAGACAAGCCUUUGGUUCAUCUAGGUCAGUAUUGCGUGCACUGACUGGCAGCAUCUCCACAGAGAUUCAGGCAGGCCCCCUCUGGAGAGGGACUUUGUAGUAAAGUCAGGGUAGGUUUAAUCCCACCACGCUGACACCAUGUAGUAAUGCUCCGGCCACUCUACCCCUCCCUCUCCUGUCCUACCAUCCAGCUGGUUCAGGUUUAGAGGAACGGCGGUCAGAGGCAUAUACUUUUUUCAGGACAAAACACAUCAAGAAAGGUAGUUACUGCCACCACUCCCUUGUACCAGGGGCACCAGAAGGCUUCCCCCAAGGGAGAAGGUUAUCCUUCCUAGUUACCGGCUGCCCCACCCUGCAAGUUGCUUCCACAACCAACAGGCAGAAAUUCAACAGAUACACAUUCCCAGAGUGAUUAGGGUUGAUAACUCAUUCACACCCAGACAGCCUUUUUUGGUACCAGGUGCUAAAACCCCACUAAUCAACUUGGAGAGUUUCCUUCCUUCAGAUGUCUGAGAUAAGCAAAUCACACUUUCAGAGACUGUUAGUCUGCAUCUUUAAAAUAACAAAACACAUUCCCCAUAAAUCCUAUGGCCUUUGGUCUUCCCAUAAUACUUUGCUGCUUACUUGACCAAAGUUUUGUCUAUUGAAAUUUGCUAACUUCACUACAAACUUAACCUGGGACUUUCCCCCGUAAAGAUUCUCUUGGCUACUAAGCAAGCCUGCACUUAACCAACAUUGCAGUUGGGGCAGAGGUCCUUUGCCGUCUCUGUGGGCAAUUGGGAACUAUACUUAGAAGAGUCUAGUUCUUAACAGUUCUGCGUUUAACAAGUUAGAAAACCAUCACAAUGAGGAUGCAUAAUAAUAAUAAUAAUAAUAAUAAUAAUAAUAAUAAUUUAUUAUUUAUACCCCACCCAUCUGGCUGGGCUUCCCCAGCCACUCUGGCUGCUUCCAACAAAAUAUUAAAAUACCAUAAUAUAUCAAACAUUAAAAGCUUCCCUAAACGGGGCUGCUAAUCAGAAGCAAAACAGAGGAUACCUGUCUGAUCAGGAUUCACAGUGUGGGUUUGAAAUCCCUGGUGCUCUAGGUGGCGCUGCGGAGCUGUCCUCUGAAGGUUCCUCAAACCCUGCCUAUUUAAAAAUAAUAAUAAUAAUAAUAAUAAUAAUUAAUUUUUAUUAAUUUUCCAUUUAAACCUAUAUAAUCACAUCAUUAUUAUCCACUUUACCUCUUUGGCUCUUUAGAGCCUAUCAACUUCCUUCCCUCCCACCUCUUGGCUUUCAAAGUUAACCUUUAUAUCAUAGCAUUUUAUAUAUUUUCCAAUUCUAAUAAGACUCAUCACAAAAUACCUCAAAGUUUAUUAAAUAAAUAUAGAAAGGUAAAAAAAUUCUCAUUACAGAUCUUCAGAUAACCCUACUAGUGGUGUUAAUUGUUAAUUGCAUACAAUGAGCUUUAAGGUGUUGAAUAAAUUGACUCCAGUCUUUUUGGAAUACUUGAUUGUGCUGGUUUCUGAUUUUCCCCAUUAGCUUUGCCAGUUCUGCAAAGUCCAUCAUUUUCAUCUGCCAUUUUUCUUUUGUUGGUACUUCUUGUUGUUUCCAUUUUUGGGCUAAAAUUUUGCCGCUGUUGUUGCAUACAUGAACAGACUUUUAUCUUUUCUUGGUAUCUCUUCACCUACUAUACCCAGUAAAAAGGCUUCUGCAAAAGACUACAAAAGACUUUGGAUGUAAUAUUCAGUUAGAAUCUUGGGGAAGGCUGUGGAAUGAAGGUAUUAAAUUUACUGCACGUAGUUCGCUUAAAGAAAAUGUGAUGAAAAUGAUGUAUAGAUGGUAUUUAACACCAUCAAAACUUGCUAAAAUGUAUAGGACAAGAUCUAACGAGUGUUGGAAAGGUAAAGAGAAGGAAGGUAUUUUUCACCAUUUGUGGUGCACUUCUAAAAGAGGUAAAGGCUUUUGGGAAAUGAUAUAUAAUGAGUUAAAGAAAAUGUUUAAAAACACUUUUGAUAAAAACCCUGCCUUUCAGAUAAAAUUUAGCAGUGUGAGAAAGUUGUACCUUAGUAAAUUUGCGUUUCCCCCCCUCCCUGCUUUUGGGUGUGGGAAGUCGCAGACCAGAGUUGCCCAAACUUGGAUCUUUUUUGCCCUACAACUCCCAUGAUCCCUAGCUAGCAGGACCAGCGGUCAGGGAUGGUGGGAAUUGUAGUCCGAAAAAAGCUGGAGGCACAAGUUUGGGAAACCCUGUUGCAGACAGAAAAUCUUGCCUUGGUAUAAUAUUAGCUCUCACUCUCUCUCUCUCUCGUUCCUUUUUUUCUUUUCAGUGUGCUCCGGAUAACACUCUCCCAACCCCAAUCAUUCUUCAAAGGUAAGAGGAAACCCCUGAACCUCCACCCCAUGAUUUUGAGCCCCUGUGGGGAAAAUUAAGGGACCCUCAGGGCCUCUUCCAACUCUAUAAUUCUAUGACUGUUCUGCCUCCACAAGAGGGAUGGGCAAUAACUGGUUUUCAACAUCGCAAUAUAUCGCCAGCUAAAUGUCAUGACGCAGGUGGGGCUGUGGUCUAAAACACUGAGCCUCUUGGACUUGCCGAUCAGAAGGUUGGUGGUUCGAAUCCCCGUGCUGGCCACAUGACCCAGAAGCUGUCUGCGGACAAAUGCUGGCUCCCUCGGCCAGUAAAGCGAGAUGAGCGCUGCAACCCCAGAGUCGCCAGCUCCCUCGGCCAAUAAAGCGAGAUGAGCGCCACAACCCCAGAGUCGUCCGCGACUGGACCUAACGGUCAGGGGUACCUUUACCUUUAAACCUCACGAUAUACUGAUAUAUCACAAUGUCUGAAAUAAGGAUGGAGCCAUGCAGAUGCCUUGGCUGGCUUCACAGUUUCCCCCAUGUUGUGAUUUUUGCAUAGCACACACAUAGGUAAAGGGACCCCUGACCAUUAGGUCCAGUCGCGGACGACUCUGGGGUUGCGGCGCUCAUCUCGCUUUAUUGGCCGAGGGAGCUGGCGUACAGCUUCUGGGUCAUGUGGCCAGCAAGACUAAGCCGCUUCUGGCGAACCAGAGCAGCGCACGGAAACGCCGUUUACCUUCCCGCUGGAGCAGUACCUAUUUAUCUACUUGCACUUUGAUGUGCUUUCGAACUGCUAGGUGGGCAGGAGCAGGGACAGAGCAACGGGAGCUCACCCCGUCGUGGGGAUUCGAACCGCCGACCUUCUGAUUAGCAAGUCCUAGGCUCUGUGGUUUAACCCACAGCGCCACCUGCAUCCCUAGCACACACAUGCGCCCAUGAUAAACAAUACAUUGCCAGGUCAAAAAUUAUGAAAUCAAUAUUGUGAUAAGGGCUUGAAACCGGUUUUGGGCGAUAUAUUGCCCAGCCAUAGUUGGAGGCACCAAUGUUUCUGAAAUCCAGGUGCUGGAAGCCACAGGAGGGGGGAGAGAGCUGCUCUUGUGUUCGAAUCCUGCUUGCGGGCUUUGCAUCUGGUUGGGCCCAUGAGAAUAGAAUAGAAUAGAAUAGAAUUUAUUAUCUAUACCCCGCCCAUCUGGCUGGGUUUCCCCAGCCACUCUGGGUGGCUUCCAACAAAGUAUUAAAAUACAGUGGUCUGUUAAACACUAAAAGCUUCCCUAAACAGGGCUGCCUUCAGAUGUCUUCUAAAAGUCUGGUAGUAGUUGUUCUCUUUGACAUCUGGUGGGAGGGCGUUCCACAGGGUGGGUGCCACCACCGAGAAGACCCUCUGCCUGGUUCCCUGUAACUUGGCUUCUUGCAGGGAGGGAACCACCAGAAGGCCCUCAGUGUCCAGGCAGAACAAUGGGGGUGGAGACGCUCCUUCAGGUCUACUGGACCGAGGCCGUUUAGGGCUUUCAAGGUCAGCACCAACACUUUGACUUGUGCUCGGAAACGUCCUGGGAGAGAAGAAGAUGCGAGGCUUUGAGGGGGCUGCUGGCCCGAUCCGGCAGGUCUCCUCUUCUUUCCUAAACGCGCCACCCCCUGUCCUCCGCAGGAACAGCUGUGCCAAAGAGCUGACGUCCUUUGCGGCCGAAGCCAUCGCCGUCAACCGCCAGCUGAUGCGGGAUGAGGAGGAGGACGAGGCUGCCGUGGAGUCGCACUCCCCCAUCAUCAUCAAAGCUACCUCACGCUCCAUGCAGCUCUCCCCGCCGUCCGAGUCCAAGCUGGCCAAGCGGCGGCAGAAGACCAGCAUGGCAAAAAUGGACACGAACCAGCAUCUGGUUACCCCCUUGGUCCUGGUGGGGGAUCACAUGUGAACGCCCCUCCCCCCGGCUGCGUGUACAUCCCCAUUUCCCCCCCCCCUCCCCAAUUUUGGACAAUAUAUCUAUAUAUGUAUACUGUUUUUGAUAGCUAGGGGGGGAAAGAAAAGCAAGAUCAGACCCCUCUCUUUCAAGUUGGCUGGAUUCCAAGGAUCUAUUAUCUUCUUCUUUUUUCUUUUCGUUUUGUAUUGUUUCCUGGUCUUGUUUGAACACUGGCUCCUCUCAACUCCCCCCCCCCCAACACUUCUCCCCCCCUUUUUUUCCUUUAUAAAUCUCUCUUAAAGGAAAAAAGAAAAACCAACUUCCAUAUUAACUCACCUAUAAUUUUUUUUUAUUAAACUCCCCCCCCACACACACAAAGGUUGCAUUUUGACACACGUGUAAUAUAUUUUCGCCUUUUUAAAACAAAAAAUAAAUGGAUUUCCCCGCCCCCAACUCCCUCCUGCUUCUUUGGAAAUACCAGGUUGACAUGCCCCCCCCCCCCGGAAAAGCUUAAAAAAAAACAACCCCAGGCUACUGUUAACUCUGUUUUCUGUUGCCUCUUUUUAUACUGUGAAAAUAUUGGGGGUUGGGGGGAGGCGCACCCUUAAAAGUCCUCAACUUUUUAAAGGUAGCAUUUUAAGUAUUUGGGUGUAUUAUUCCUUUUUUUCUCCCCAUUUCCUUUUUUUUUUAUGUGGCUUUGCUGUUUCUCUCCCUCCCUCCCUAUUUCUAAAAAAUGUUUUGUUUCAUUUUCAACCUAAAGGAAUUCUAGAACUGGAAACAGAAGCUGCGGUUUGAGGGGGUGUGGUGUGUGGAUUUAGGUUUUGCCCCAGAAGGCAUUGUGGGGGGUGGUUGGGUUUGUAAAGAUCCAUUUGUUGGGGUGGUAAUCGUGGGCAGAGUCCCUCCCCCCCAUACACCCCCCUCCCCCGAGAGCUGCCGAUUCUGUAAGAUUUGGGGUGGGAGUGUUUUGGGCUCUCCCGGCGGUUGUCCCAAGAGAGCCGGCCCAGAGUAUCAAGGGGGCCGUUCUUGUCCACCCCCUACCCCUGCCCCCCAAAAUAACACAGCCCAUUUUGUUUCAAACCCAGGUUCCCCCUAUUUCUGCGGGGAGGAAAGAGAUUGGCAUUGAUCAAGAUGGAUUUGUCGCUGCCACCAUGGGUUUGUUUUGUCUAAUGGAAAAGUCACUGCAAAAAAAAACAGCCCUGAAAUUUGCACAACCGCGUGCUCCCAUCUCCGGCGCCGCUGGGCUCCAGCUCCUGUCCGUGCUAAGCCAGCUCAGCUGAUGGUCAGGAGGAAGGUGGGCGUUGUGUAUCUGGGGCAACAACUUCUAGAGCCGCGUUUCCCAAACCCCAGCUGUUCUUGGACAACAACUCCCAUGAUCCCUGUCUAUCAGGACCGUUGGUCAGGGAUGAUGGGAACUGUAGUCCCCAAAACAGCCAGAGACCCAAGUUUGGGACACAUUGUUCUAGAGGGUCUCUUUUGGGAGGUUCUGGGUGGGGGCUGUCUCUUGCUGCAGCUGUUUCCCGUCCGUUUUGCGGCUGUUCCUCUCCGAGCGAAAAGUUUGGUCUGGUUCAGAGGGGGGUCUUUGCUUGGGGUGGGUGGUCUUGCCUCUCGUUCCUCCAUCCAAGGGUGUCUGCGGGGAGACCCUCUUACCAGCUUGCAAGAUCAUGGCAUAGCUGUGCCCAAACUGCAGGCCCUUUAAGUGGGGCUGGGGGGGUUUCCACCAUCUUCCCUCCUUGCUGGGUGGGUGACGGGCGAUGGGACUCUCUGCAUCGCCCUUUUUGCAUUGUGCAAAGCCCUCUGUCCUGUGAUGGGACGAGGCAAAGCUCCAUCUCGAGGCCUCUCUUCAAGAGUUUUCAAACCAUUUCUAGACCCCUUUGGAGGUUGUAGCCACAGACGAGCGGUUUCAAAUAAAAUUUAAAGAAUUGCCCAGUGGGCCCAGGAAUGACAAACCUGCACUGGCGGAUUCUCCCUGGUUUGUUUUUUAAGUUCGCUUUAUUUCAGUGCGGCAGGUUUGCCCCCCGGCUGUUUAACUUGCUUAAAACUCCUGUCCGGAUAUGCAUAUCUGGAAUUUUGAUAGGAUUGUGUUAUCAGAGUGAUAAUUUCUUCUCUUAUUCUCUCCCCCCCCCCCAACUUAAGAAAUACUAUGCAAUAGUUGUCUAGGUAGAGAUAGAUGAUAGCAAAAAAACUUUUUUUUUUGUUAAUUCUUCAGGUAACCCUAACUUCCAGCGGUGGGUGAGAGGCGUAAUUGGGUUAGUUUGGCUUGACUGGUCUACUCCUUCCCUCCCACUUUGGAUCCCCGCCCCCCAAGAAAACCACAAACAGUGAACACGGUAUCUGGGAUUGUGUCCAAAGUCAUUCAUACUUACAGUUAGACCGAUUGGCAUUGAUUGACCUAUGUAAGUGCUGUCCAUCAAUUUCAGUGGUUCUGCUCAGAGUAUGAUUCUACUCCCCACCCCAUCCCGGCUGUGAAAUUUAUUGUCGCUUUCUUUUCAUGAACAUUCAGCAUCUAGCAAAUGUCCUUUCAAGGGGGAUGGGGGGGUCAGAUUGGGAUGUGAGGUUCACUGUGUAAAGUUGGUGAGAGAGUUGCUUUUUUUUAAGGGGUGGGGAACCCCUUUAUCUUUCUUUUUAAACUUUGUUUUACAUCACAUUUUGUUAUUUGGUUGUAGAGCUUCAUCUUAGGGUAAGAAAUACUUGAACAUCGGAUGGCUGUGCACCAAUGCCGCCUUCUUUUGGUCAGGAAAGCUGUCUCAAGGCUGCGGGUGAUGGCUGUGAAAUUGUUUUGGUGUGUUUCACCCUACCAGGGCAAGAAGCAAAGGCAACUCUUUGUCUCUGGGACUGAGAGUGGCGGUUUCUACGCUGCUUUUGCUUGCAAGAGCAUUCGCAAAAGAUCUUGCAAGGUUAGCUUCAGUUCCUUUGGUGGAAAGAGGGGAGAUUCUCUCCCCCUUUCUCAGCUAUUAUCUAAGCAGCAGAUAUUCAGAUCUAUUUGGGACUGCUUCCCUCUUUAGGCUUAUUUUACCUGUCCUAAAAAAUUCUGGGAAUUGCCAACUUCUGAGGGCAUAGAGUCCUCUUGAAUGUCCCCGAGAUCCUGCACAGUUCCCAGCACUGGGAGCCAAAGUAGAUGUGCAGUUCCCAGGAUGCCCAGCAUUGGGACCCAUGGUAGAUGCACAGUUCCCAGUGUCCGCAGUACUGGGAGCUACAGUGGUUCAGAAACGGGUUUUAACGUUUGCAGUGGCAACGUUAAAAUGAUAGCUGAUUUCUCCCUGGGGUGGGUUGUUGUUUUUUUGCGGCAGGGGCUGGGUGCCGGGCGUACCUUUGAAAAACAGCAUACCCUUGUUUUUAAAAGCAGAUCUUUUGAGCACAGGAACGCUACCUGUGACUUUUUCUGGGUUUUGCCUAAGCCCACUUAUUCAGUACUACACCAGUACUACGCAUGUAAUAUCUCAGAAACACAUAGUGGUUUCUGCAGUAGAAGUUGCAGAUAGGUAAGUUGGUCUGCAGCCGUGUCGGUUCCUCCAGGAACAACGUGGUCCUCGUUUUCCGCUGACCCUGUCCAGGCGGUGGCGACCGUAAGGUCCGCGAGUGAUCCUCGUUGCUUCUGAGAGGGCCAGAUAAUUUGUAUGGGAUCAUGUUCUUCUUCUGCGUUAGUGAUCCUGUUUUGGGGAAGGUGGGUGGGCGAGCGCCCCCCACCCCACCCGGUUCAUUACUGAAGGGCCAAAAUUCAGGAGUGCUGGAAACUCCCUCAACAACAAGCCCAUGUUGAGUUGUCGACUCGCAGGGUUGUGGUUAAGCUUGUGUGGUUUGGCUUUCGAACCAAAGUUCUUUGGCGAGAACCACUCCCUUCUCUUUCUCUCUUCCUCUCUUCAAAUAAAGGGGACUUCUCAGGAUAAUUUCAGCGUGUGAAGGACUGCUCAAAUGUUUCCUUUCCCAACUUCAGUCUUUUUGACUUUUGCCCGACGUUUAAUGAAAACAAAAUGCCAGAGAGUGUGCAUCAUUGCGCACUGUUGCAGAAUAAAAUGAUUUGGAGCGCUUUAAUGUGGCGGUUCUUCGCUCCCCCUUUGUGCUUAUAUACCUUCAUAUGCAUACCCUCUCUGGCCAAGGGUGCGCAUUAUUUUGUGUGUGCAAGCGGGCAACGUUCUAGGAUCGCGCCACCACAAAGUACCUGGAUUUGGUAGCGUUAGAAAUCAUUCAGCGUAAUGGAAUCAAAUCCCAUAAUGGAAGUUUAAUAAAGUCCACCUCUUCUCUCCUGAGUGGUGAAUGACUUGAAUCUUUGUGUUUGGGUCUGAGCGUCGCUGAAAGUCGACUACCUUCCCGCUCCCCCAAUUUCUGAUCGGAUGAUUGUUUUGUGGCUUGAAAACGCCAGGCGAUUGUGAUGGUUUUGGCAUGUGGUCAUUUUCGUUUCUUUAAAGAACUGCUGUUGUGAAGACACAAUCUUGCCUUCCCAUUCUUGCAUUGCCAAGUCAGAUCAGGAACCCAGCCUUGCUUGGUUGGGGUUGGCUUUUGCCAACAUAGUGAUGAGCUCCCCCCCCCCCAUCUUGCUUAAACUGGGGAGGUAAGAAGUCCGAUUCAGUCCUAGCGGGGGGAGACAAUAAAUUGCAUUGAAAACAACAGUUACGGCUAACUUGUCUGGUUCCCAUUUCAAUGGGGUGAGUCGUGAUUAGCAAGUGAGCUGGGUUUUCUCCCCAUGCCCUCCCCCCAAAUAUAUUUAGGCUUUUCAUAUAUGUGUGUUGAAAUUUUGUUUCUGUUUAAUGGUUAUUCUCAGGACGUGAGCAAAAUCCUGAUCCUUCUCCUUACUCCCGCGACCGUGCACCUUUUCGUUUGUGUGACCAAAACUGGUGGUGCUUUGAUUUCUUUUUUUCCACCGCUCAAUUCAGAGAUAAAACGUGUGUUUUCUUCCUCUUCUUUUUAAGGCUCCCUCCCUCCCUUCUUUACUGGGAAAUAAGUCUUCCUACCAUGUUUCACACUACAGUACACACCAAAGCUUAGAUCUUUUAACAUGCAAGGAAUUCUGGGCUUUGGAAAUGGGGGUCAGGCGAACCUGUGUCCUUCCACUUGCUGACCACAGGUUCCCCUCAUCCUUGGAUUUAAGAAUACCCUUUAUUGGAUCGCCUUGAAGGUAGUCGCCCACAAUCCGCCUGGUUUGGAAGCCGGAAGAGUUUAAACUGAGUUGAAAGUUACUUGUCCCCCAUAGAGAUAUGAGGGACCUCUUGUCUCUAUGAUGGGGACUUAAUCCAGUGUACCCUUUUGACAUCCUCUUAACCAGCCUUCUCAAGGUUGCUUUCCAGGUAUACUAUCUUUGGUUUGUGUUAUUUCUCCCCCCCCCAAAAAAAAAAUCUUUAAACUGUGCAUGGAUUUUUAACCCUUAUCUUGCCAAAGUUCUUAGUUUAAACUUCUCUUUCUUCCACCAGUCCUCCCCACCAAAAUGUUUUUCUUUGUGAAAUUCUUUUAUCGGAAAGCAUAUUUUUUUUCUGUACCUCCUUAUUAUGAGUUGUAUUAACUGCAAAUUUGAGGUGGUGGUGGGAAUGUCAUCGCUUUAAACGACGUCUCCUUCCUCUAGAUUUUACGUUUCCUUAGAUGUUGGUUAGCAACAUUUUACUGUGAAAAUCUGUUCCUUUUCACGUCCUUUUUUUUUUUUUUGCGGGGGUGGGAUUCAGUCCAGGAGAAAUAUUUUCCUCUGGUUAUCAGAAAGACUGCCAAAGGUUUUGUGGAGCUUUUAAAUUUAAGUUUAUUUUAUUUUUUUUGGACAUGCAGUCACCUUAACGUACUGUUGGGGACUCUUAUGAGCAGGAAGUCCUUCAGAAAGGGACUGGUUUAAAAAAAAAAAGGAGAAAUUUAAAAAAGAAUAAAAAAAGAGAAAAAAACCAUAAAAAUAUAUAAAAAAUAAAAACUUAUAAGACAACAGCAACCAAGCACUUUAUUAACUGAUACAGCUUGAUGGAAUUUUUUCCUUCGUAACACCUUGUUGAUGCCAGAAUUUUUUGUAUUCUGUUUUGUAAGAAUUUAAUAAAUGCAUUGAAACACAUAAACGAA